AUGGCUCCAAUUCCUGUCGACUCGCUUCCAGUACGCCCUGCGCCCAAUAAUGAGCAGCAAUACCCUGCACCUCUCAAGCUCAGUGGUGCAUUGGAUCAGCAUGAGUUCGAAGAAACAACCCCAGUGAUUGGUCGUGAAUUCCCCAAAGUCAACAUCGUCGAUGACAUCUUAAAUGCUCCAAAUGCAGACGAGCUGGUGCGAGACCUCGCUAUCACAAUCUCCCAGCGUGGUGUUGUUUUCUUCCGCGCCCAGAACAACCUCACCGAUGCCCUCCAGAAGGAUUUGGUACACAGACUAGGCCAAGCAUCCGGCAAGCCCGCCGACUCAACUCUCCACAUCCACCCUGUCCUAAACAACACGAACGAAUUCGGCGUCGACGAUGCCCAAGUCAGCACAAUCAGCUCUCUUUCCCGUAAGAAGAUGCACCGCCAUGACCAACAACGCAACAGACGUCGGUACGACUCCGCGCAAUGGCAUUCAGACAUCCAGUUCGAGCCCGCACCGGCCGACUACACCUCUCUCCGAUUAACCCAACUCCCCAAAACAGGCGGUGAUACGCUAUGGGCCUCAGGGUACGAGAUGUAUGACCGGUUCUCCAAGCCUUACCAGAAACUUUUCGAGAGUCUUACUGCAACCUAUACGGGUACGGGCUUUAUUCAGGCUGCAGAAAAUGAUCCAAAGAAUGUCUAUAUCUACACUGAGCCUCGGGGUAGUCCGUUGAAUAUCGGCAAGGAGUUGUCUACUGUUCAUCCUAUCGUACGGACAAAUCCCGUUACGGGGUGGAAAAGUAUUUAUGCUGUUGGGCCUUUUCCGAAGUAUAUCAAUGAGCUUAACCCGGAGGAGUCGGACGAGCUGUUGAAGAAGUUUUAUACCACGAUUACUGAGAACCAUGACCUGACUGUGCGGUUCAAGUGGAGAAAUGAGAAUGAUAUUGCUAUUUGGGAUAAUCGCUCUGCUUUCCACACUGCUACCUUUGAUUACGAAGGACUUGGAGAGCGAUUUGGUCACCGUGCCGUUGGUAUUGGCGAGAAGCCUUACCUCGACCCCAACAGCACAUCGAGGACUGAGGCUCUUGCUGCUGAGGGCGCUUGA